GUGAGCCGAAGCGCCUGGUUCAGAGAGACCCGCCGGCCAAUGGGAGAGGGCGGAAGAGCGCAACAGUUACCGGUCAGCGGCGGGGCGGUGAUGGAGCCCUGAACCCUGGGCUGCUGUCAUGCUGCUGGGAGGAAGAUUGGUGCAGCAGGAUACUUAGGAAAAGAAACCGUGGUGGCAACUAAUCAUCGCAGUCAUUACAGAGGCACAAACACUAAUUUAAAAGACAGGUGUAUACUUUAAAAAAAAAUACCAAGAUGUCGGGUGCUUGAUGCCCCGCAAAAAGAAGUCCAGUCAAUUCAAGAAGCCACCCCUGCUGUUCCUGGAGAGUCCACUAAAGGGAGAAAAGUGCAAGCAAGUCUUGUCGAUACCAUCUGCAAUAAACCCCCGCCAAGUUUCCUGUAUCCCUGUUGACCAGAGGUCUGCAUUCACGUGGGUACUGCCAGAGUUUGAUACUACGACACCAAGACGAGAAGAAAAAUCUGACAGAGUGAAACAACAUAGCAUCUGCAACAAACAGGGUACUGCAUCAAAAACAGGGGCUGUGAGAAAACUGCACAUGAACUUUGUUCCUUUGACCUUUUUGGGCAGUGGAGGGAUACCCGUUCAGAAGGAAAACCACAAAGUUCAGUUUAGCACUUGUCAGAAUGUUCAAACCCAUGGAAAAGCUAGAUUCAAAACAAAUAAAACUUCAUUCAUGGGAAGCAGCUACCGACGAUGUAGAGUUGACACCUGUGGAAAAGCUCAGAAUUCAGAUGCAUUAGACAAGCAGAAAUACAGUCUAAGAUCUGCAGCAAAGAGCAACUUGGUUGGCAAAAGUACAACUUGGAACCUACCUGUGAAAAGCUCUAGUUUCUGCCCUCCAAUAAAUUGUAUCGACAAUCAAACGGGUGCAGACUUGGAUGAAACAGAGAUUUCACUUUCAGAGCACUUUUCUCAGUCAUCUGAUGAGGUGUUCACUCUGCCACAAGUUAGCACUCCCACAACUGAUGGCUUGCUCUUGCCAGCCACCUUAAAGAAAAAUAUUUGUGGUGUAUUAAGAAAUAAUGAAUUGAAUAAAGACAAUACAACUCCUCUCCCUGGUGGACUGUUAGACUGCUUAGACAAGUGUUCUGGACUAAAAGAUGACUUUUCCGAAGAAGCCCCAUCAGCAGAUGUUUUAGUCCAGGACACGCCAGAACAUGAAUAUGGACUCAAAGCAACUUGGCGAAGACGGCCACAUAUCAUGCAGUUCCUGAAAGAUCAUGGAAAAUUGACCAGCACUGAUGUGCUUGUUGGCUCUUAAACUUGCACACGUGUGAUCUUGUUUUUUAUGUAGAUUGGAAUCUAUGUAUUUUAAAAAUUACCAUUGGUAUUGUGAUUAAAACAGUUUACCUGGAUAUUGGGGUAGGUAAGAAUCUGUAGCAGCAGUACCCUUUAAGUGACAGCUGUGAACAUUGCAGUGAAGUUUAUCUCAACCUUUUUUCAUCGAGUCCAAGACAAAAUUUUAAUCCACAACUUCUGCAUCUCCCAUAUCCGAUAGCUUUGGCCCAGAUUCCAUUUUAAAUGUCUGAUGAAGUGUAUGUUCAGAUUGGUGAGAGAACAUUAUCAUUGGCUGAUGUCUACAAUAUUCUUGUGUUGCAAGUCUUAAAUCAGCAACCUGUUUUAAAUGAUCAUUUAAGGCAUUUUUGUUUUUGUUCCAGAUUGUUAGAAUAAUAGUAAUUUUGGGCUGUAAGCUAAGAGAGUCCUAUCCCAUGGGUUUAGUCAGUUCCAACUCAGUUUCUAAGGAGUGUAGGUCUUGCCUUAAAACUGCUUGAAAUAUGGAAAUAAAUUGGCAAUUUCAAGCAAGUCUGUUGAUGUGAGAAAUGGAAAUAUUGCAUAACUGUACCUGUCUUUUUCUAAAAUUUGAUAUUACCUUACCUUUCUAUUUAAUUAUGGUAACAAUAGGCAAUUUUACACCUCUGUGAAUAUGUACUUUUCCUGAAUCCCUCAACUUAAUGUGCAGCAAAAUGAAAUAAAAUUACCAAAAUUCAAGCAG